UUUCAGCUCAUAAAUGCACAAUUGACCAACAAACAUCUUCAACUUCCACUAAACUCUCACAAAAACAAUGUUGCUACUACUCUCCCGGGUUCUGGUGAACGUGAUGGUGCUGAUGUGCUUUGGUGGAAUUCUCACGAACUUCAUCUCAUUCUACAUCUACACUCGUAAAACAUUCCGGAAAAAGAGCAUAAACGUCUUGCUCGCAGCCUUGUCAAUGUCUGACCUUUGCGUCUGCGUUCUUGCAAUUCCAGUUUUUGCAAGUACUCAACUUCAACAAGUCAUUCCGCCAACAAUUACUGCAAUGAUCAUGGUGUACUUGUAUCCAGUGACCAUAAUGUUCCAGUCAGUGUCAGUAUGGUUGCUGGUAUCCAUAACAAUUGACAGAUACUUAGCCGUAUGUCAUCCAUUCAUGGUCAAUACGUAUUGUACAAGGAAUCGCGCUCUCAUAACUGUUGGAGUUGUCGUGAUAUUCAGUGUUGCUUACAAUUUGAUUCGAAUUUGGGAGUACACGAUAAAUUUCGAUGUCGCUCCUGAGAAUCGUACGAUUGAAGAUCUUGUUGUACCGAAGCUUCGAGCAAAUCCGCACUUCUUAUUGUGGUACCAGAAUGUUGCCACGUUGGUGUCGCAAUUCGCAUUUCCACUUACAGUGUUAUGUGUUCUCAACAUUCAAGUAGCGCGAACAAUUAUCGAGGCAUCCGAGCAACGAAGAGAACUAGUGGCAAGUGUGAAACGAGAACAUUCGACUGCAAAAAUGAUGAUAAUGGUUGUUUUAGUAUUCCUCGUUUGCUACAUCUUCUCAUUUAUUCUAAAUAUAUGGGAAAUUCUUGACAAGGAGACUUUUGGAGGAGAUAUUGGUUGGUUUAUGAAUGACAUCAACAAUGUACUUAUUGUUGUCAACUCGACGAGUGCAAUUGUUUUCUACUAUAAAUAUUCAACAAGGUUCCGAAAUCAAGCACGGACACUUCCCGGGAUACGGUGGUAUGCUAGUAUGUCAAAGUUCAAUGUAUAUGAUACAGAGGCAACAUCAAAUCGAACAAUGGUCACUAGAUACAAAGAAUCCAUGAUUUCAAUAAGAGGCACGUCAACUCGCCUGAGCAGCUCUCACAAUUUGCUCUACAAACCGAGCUACUCAAAGCCAUGUGAUAUCUAGGAAUUUGUCACAAUUUAUUGCCAUAAUCGAAUUUUUGUUGUUAACGGGUUUUUAAGUGACAUAUCGUUUUCUUCUUUUUAUCUAACAAUUUUCACUGGUGUUUUUGAAAAAUAAACUAUCAU